CAUUUUUUACAGUGUGCAGCGUUUGCUCAUGCGUGAUUUGACUCCAGCAGCACCACUCGGGACUACUCGCUCACAGACGCUGUGGUGUGUCAGUGUCAGUGACCGCGGAGUUGUGUGUGUGUGUGUAUGUGUAUGUGUGUUUGUGUGUACCAGGCUGAUCGAUACACCGGCAAUUAGUCGGAUCCAAUUAGUUCCCAUUAAGCAGUCAGUCAGUCAGAGUGUUGUGCUGCUGCUGCUUUCUCCUCUGACAACAACAGCUGGGAUGUGUGAGUAGAAAGCCCGCCAGGCUCACAGCACAGCACCCAGAGGUGUCUCCAAACAUGGACAGGAUAGGGGUGUCAUUCCUGGACCCUUUAGACGACUACCAGUUAAUCCACAGGAUUGGGUGCGGCACCUAUGGAGAUGUGUUCAAGGCUCGUAACAUCAGGACGUCUGAACUGGCAGCUAUCAAGAUUGUCAAGCUCGACCCUGGUGAUGACAUCACUUCCAUCCAGCAGGAGAUCACGAUGAUGAAGGAGUGCAAGCACAAAAACAUUGUGGCCUACUUCGGCAGCUACCACAGAAACACCAAGCUGUGGAUCUGCAUGGAGUACUGCGGUGGAGGGUCACUUCAGGAUAUUUACCAUGUGACGGGCCCAUUAAAGGAGAAACAGAUAGCGUAUGUCUGCAGAGAAACUCUCCAGGGUUUGUAUCACCUGCACGAAACAGGCAAAAUGCACAGAGACAUAAAGGGAGCCAACAUCCUUCUGACAGAACGAGGAGACGUGAAACUGGCUGAUUUCGGAGUGGCAGCAGAGAUCAGUGCCUCUGUGGCCAAAAGGAAGUCUUUCAUAGGAACUCCCUACUGGAUGGCUCCAGAGGUGGCAGCAGUGGAGAAGAAGGGUGGGUACAACCACCUGUGUGAUAUCUGGGCUGUGGGCAUCACUGCUAUCGAGCUGGCUGAGCUCCAGCCCCCCAUGUUUGACCUCCACCCAAUGAGAGCGCUGAUGUUGAUGUCCAAGAGCAACUUCCAGCCUCCAAGACUAAAGGAUAAAACCAAGUGGACUACAGGUUUCCAAAGCUUUGUAAAGAUGUCGCUCAUUAAAAACCCUCGUAAAAGGCCGUCAGCUGAGACACUGCUGCAGCAUCCGUUUGUGACACAGCUGUUGACCCGUAACCUGGUCAUUGAGCUGCUGGACAUGGCCAACAACCCUGAGCUCCACAACAGCCCCACACACAGCAUAGAUGACAACGAACUGGAGGUUGGGGAAGUGGCUCCUGACAAGAUUCAGUCAGCAGGGAAACACCUGCCUGUGGAGAGAACCCUGUCUGAGGAACAAUUUGACCAAGUGAAGUUUGGGCCCCCGAUGAGGAAAGUCACAGAACCUUAUCCUGAUAUGCAGGGCUCUUAUGAUGACGACUGGAGUCUGUCUGGAGAUGAAGACAACUCACCGAGCCUGUUGGAAUGUGUGGAGCAAGCUCUGCAGCUGAGGAGUUUAACCAUCAGGAGGGCGCCAUCUACUGAUGGAGGUAGGAAGAGCGGUUUGUUCAGCCCAUCUACAGCCUCCCUGCCAGCCUUCAGAUGUUUAACUCCCAACACAGAGGACAAAGACUUGACGCUGAGACCGAGCUGUACACUGGGCCCUGACACCGCCAUCACUGCUGACUCUACCUCCAAUACAGCGGGUUUGGCCAGGUGCUCAGCCACACAGGACAUCAGACAGCGCUGUAGUGAUCCUUGUCUACCUGUGGGGGACGCUGUAACAGCAGAGAAGAGGAAGGUUACCACUGUUUCCUCUCCAAAAAGAGAGACACCACUAUCACCUGAAUGGAGCACACUGAGGAAAAAGACAGAGGAUUCUAGGGCUGAUUGUCAUGGACUGCCUCCUACCCCUCAAGUCCAUAUGGGAGCCUGCUUCUCCAAAGUCUUCAAUGGCUGUCCCCUUAAAAUCCACUGUGCUGUCACCUGGAUUUUCCCCAAGACAAGAGACCAGUACCUUAUUCUUGGGGCAGAAGAGGGCAUCUACACACUCAACCUUAAUGAACUUCAUGAGGAUACACUAGAGAAGUUGAUCCCUCAGCGAUGUACGUGGCUGUAUGUAAUGAACAACGUACUGAUGUCUGUUUCAGGGAAGUCUUCCCAGCUUUACUCCCACAGUCUGACAGCUCUGUUUGAACAGAAAAUUCAGAAAGAAAAUGUGCAGAAGAAACACAGCAGUCUGUCACUCAGCACCAGCCGCUUCACUGAAAGGAUCAACCCAAGAAAGUUUGCCGUAUCUGUGAAGAUUCCUGACACUAAAGGCUGUAGGAGAUGUAGUGUAGCAAGAAACCCAUACACAGACAGUACAUUUCUGUGUGGGGCAGUUCCAUCUGGCCUGGUUCUACUAUUGUGGUAUGAGCCCCUCCAGAAGUUCAUGCAUCUAAAGCACAUAACGUUAAGGCUACCGGACUCCCUGCCAAUAUUUGAGCUGCUGGUGUUGGUGACGGAUGAGUUCCCCCAGCUGUGUGUUGGGGUGAAAGACUGUAGUAAUGGGAAACCCUCAACCAGCCAACAGCUCAAGUUUGAUAUUAUAGAGCUGAACGGCACACCUAUUUCAGUACCAGAAAGUGGAGCACUCAGGGCAGUACAGGUAACCCAGUUGGACAGGGACACUGUUCUCAUUGCAUUAGAACAAACUGUUAAGGUUGUGAACCUACAAGGGCUUCCAUCCAAAGAGCUGGCUGCCGAGAUGGCCUUUGACUUCCCCAUUGAAACUCUAGUUUGCUUACAGGAUAGUGUGCUGGCUUUCUGGAAGCAUGGCCUUAAAGGGAAGAGUUUUCAUUCGAAUGAGGUAACACAAGAAAUUACAGAUGAGAGUCGAGUAUUCAGAGUUUUAGGAACAAACAGGGACAUCAUCCUUCAGAGCACACCAACAGAUGACCCCUCCGCACUGAGCAAUGUGUACAUUCUGACUGGACAUGAAAGCAGCUAUUGAGAGAAAUGGGUCAGCUUGUAGUAGAGGUCGGAUGUUGCAGAUCUUCAAAAUCCCAUUGGAGGGGAUUACAGAUUUGUUCUAUAACGCUGUGUGGAAAUGACUGAAGCUGUAACUGACACCAGCACCAACUGCCACCAACAACUCCCACCAACUAUAUGCUGUGAAAAAGAAAUGUCGUCAUGGGAUUCAGUUGCUAAACUAUAUUCAGUAGACCUUUUUCACGGCAAACCUUUUGACUUGUCAAGUAAGGAAAAACACAGGUGUAAAUAAUAACACUAAUAGUAAUGAUGGCUCCAUUUCUUUAAAUGUCCCAUUAAGUCAUGUCAGUGGGCAUACCACUCACUGACACAUUACGAGAGCUGGAACUGGCUCACUUAAAUGCAAUGCAGCCAUUGUUAAUGUUAUUAAUUUCAUCUGUGCUUUUCCUCCUUUGACUAGUCAAAAGGUUUGCUGUGUAAAGGGUCUAUUGGGCAACGCAUGUACAAGAGAGACUUGAUAAAGGCUAAGUGAGUUUCUAAUUCUUGGGUGUGUUACUUAAAGCUGCAAUAAUUUUCAUGUAAAAACAACUGCUCUUACCAGCUUAAAUCAGUGUGACUGCAACAGACAAUACAGUUCCAUUCAUGCUGACUGAAAUGAUGUACCCUCAUUGCCCAGAUUAGAUUCUACUGUCACUAUGGACCACUGACUGUAGAAAGACAUGAACAUAACAUCUGUGACAUCACUCAUAAGUUUCUCAAGGGAUGUGUUGAAGCUUUCAUCUGGAUGCAGCUUAACGCAUUUGGGCCCUACUCGGUCUUUGGGUUUAGUACAUUGAUAGAAAAUCUUAAAACAGUAAAGGUCUCAGUAUGCUUCAAGUGAACUUGAUGUUAAGACGUGUUUCUAACCACUUCUAAAGGCCAAACUCUUUAACCUGUUCUAAAUGGCCACACUCAAAGGCGGGGUGAGAACCCUGCUAUCAUAGAGUAAAGACAAAUUAGGAUAACAGUGCACAUUUCUGACAGUCUCUCCUCAAAGGCAUUCAUGGUGUAUCACUCAGUUGAAAAGUUACAGAAGUAGUUGUGUGAAAAAUGAAAGAAGGGGAUGAUUGUUGUCUGUUUGGAAAAGUUACAGAACCUGUUGACCUCUGCCGUACAUCAAUUCAGCUGUCAGAGAGCAGGUUUCAGAUGCAACCAAGUGAUCUGACAAAGACUUUGUUUGAAGCACGCUGAAACCUUUAGUCACCAAACCAAACAUGGAAAAGCACCAAUAGAUAUCCCUUAUAGGUUCUUCCUAACUCUCAAAAAACAGCGAUUAUGACAAUGUUGUUGGACUUAAAGUUAUAAUCCUUAAGAUAUCCAUCCUGGUUGAUUUGGUGACAUCUGUGGUUACUGGUGGUAGCAGCAAGUGUGGUUUAAUAGCCUACUACAGGUCCCAGAAUUCUGGGGGCAGCAAACAGUCAUUGAGCACCUACUUUGUCAGAAAAACAACUGAGGAACAAAUGGUGUAUCUGUUUACAAAGCAGAAAAAACAAACACGUUGUUUUAAUUGAGAAGUCAGUCAAUAAUAAUUGGAACCAAAAUCUGAUUUCAGUCUACACAAAGUGUGAGUAGUUAUCCACCCAACAGCAGGACACAGUAAAAGGAGUUGGUCGAGCAUGGUUAGGCAUUUUGAAUCCCAUGUAGGAAUGGCGGACUACGCCACUAACAAUGAAAAUGACUAUGUAGAGGAGUAAUUAAACAUUGUAAAUCCAUUGAAAAGUUAUUGAAGAAAGAAAUGCAGACUAAAUAGUAUCAUAAAUUGGGUUUGAUUUAAUUAAAAUCUGAAGGAUAAUAACUUAAACUAACACCUCUUGCUGUAAUGAUUAAAGGAAUAAUUGAUCAAAGUUUAGUUUGUAGUUUGCUACAGAGAGAACAGCAGCUUUAGUCCAUGAAAAUUCAACAGUUAGCAUGAGGUUUUUACUGGGAUACUGUGUGUUGCUGUAUGCUAACUGGUGUUUAAAUUAUUAGCCAGUAUAGUACUGGAUACUCAUUUAUCCUAAAAUAUGGAAAGAAACACCCAGUAUAGACUUAUGUUUCAGGUUUUUAGAAAGAAAUCCUCUAUAAGGAAAUGCACUAUUUUGUUGGGGCUUGGCAUCAGGACUUUGGCUCUAAAUAUUGUUGUCCAUGAAACAGGUCAAUGAUAUUAAGAAUGUUAGUUUGAAUGUUACAAAGAGUGGGCAGAUUUCAGUUACCUUUUCAAAUGUAUAUUUAACCAAGAUCGUAUAGGCCUAAUUUGUGAAAAACACAUUUAAAGGUAUUUUGAAGACUAUGAAUGUGCUAGCUUAGUAGCAUUUACAUGUGCGAGUAUCUCAGGGCUGAGAUACUGUUCAAGUUCCCCCUGGGUGCCAUUUUCAACAGACAACAUGCACAAUAGCCAAACACAGCUUUAACCUGUGACUCUAUAUGUCUCCUCUCCAUCUCCUUUAUUGAUAAUUCAACUUACACAUAGAAACAAUGUACAUUUGAUUAUAUUAAGUGCCAUAGAAAUGCUAUUAAAUUGUAAUUAAAUUGUCUGUUUGACUAAAAUGUAAAUGCCACUACAUUAAAGUUUUUUUGUGUAAUGAUAUUUAUGUUAUUUAUGGAAAGGGAACUAUAUAAGUAAACACCCAUACCAGAGAGAUACUUGAAGAACAUAAUAUGCAUAUAGCUUUUUGUUUUUAAGAUUUUUUUUUAAUUGUUAUUGUUUAUACAUUUGGUGUAUAUAACUAUUCAGUAUGCUCUUACAGUGUGGGGGUUGUAAUAUGCAACGGAUUUAGAUAUAUUUCAUUGCUAUAACUACAAAGAUUCACUUCUAGCCUCAACAGAGACUUGGUGAGAUGCCAGAAACAGUCAUACAGUCUAUGUUUGUGGUCACUUUGACUGGGGUGACUACUGAUGGUCCGUAAACAGGUUAUAGUACAUGUGUUCUCAGAUAAACCAAAAUAAACUUUAUUUUCCAUUCCGGAAGAGAGAAAUCAACAAUCUGUGAUUAUAUGGAUGAUGUGAUGUUUUUGGCUCUUUGACAAGAGUUAGCUCUAAGGAGGUUUCAUUUCACUUGACAAUAUGAUGAUUAAAAUGUGUUUUCUCAGUCCAUUUUUAAAAUUAUAUUUACCUUAUUAUAUGCUUUGUUGUCAAGUACAUACUUACAAAAUAAAGCAGUCAUCAAGAGUAUAUAAGGCCACCAACACAAACAAAAAUCUGUUGUAUUUUCAGAAGAUACUUUUGUGUUACCACUGGCGGACUCAGGGAUGGUGAAGUGGGGCACACAGGGUGCCCACACAAAGGAGAAAAAAUACCAAAAUUCUGUAAUGACUGUCUAGUUAUGGGUAAAUCAGGAUAUAUGGCCCUCAUGAUUGCCCUUUCAGUGGAGGAAAAUGUUAUAGUGCCCUGUAUAGAACCCCCACAAGAUGUGAUGCAGUGUCCUAUGAGUUGCCAUUGUAAUGGGGUGAGCUGGAGGUUGGAUGGAGUAAACUGGCAAUUAUGGUAGAAAUUAAUGUAUCCUUCUUUAUGUCACUGAACAUUAAGAAAAUAAAGCACCCUUAAAAACAUUUUUUAGUUGUUGUAGCUGACAUUAUACCAUUCAGGUGAUUUUGGCACAGUAUUACUCACUAGUUUGCUCAGUCACACCCCUUCAGAUUGUUUUAUUGUCUUUGCGUCAGUGCAGUCUAAGCUAACAGUGACAACUGCAUCAGUCGAGCAAUCGUUCUCCAAACUGAAGCUGAUCAAGACCCAGCUUAGAAAAAGACAAUCUCAGAUCUUCUUCUGCUGUCCAUUGAGAGAGAUGUCCGAAUCACCCUAUAAAAUGUUCAUCUUAAUUGGGGAUGUAGCCUUAUUACCAAACAUGUAUCAUUGUUCUCUGUUGAUAGGGACCCACUGAAUGGAUUGGGUGCCCUUUAUAUUUUUUUGCCCCUGCCCCUCACACAGCCUGAGUCCUUCACUGUCCCUUACAUUUCUGCAGACUCAUAUUAGCACAGAACUGGAAACUUUUCAA